AUGUGUAAUUUACGUUUCAGUGGUGACACGAGACAUGUCAUUUAUUUAGACGAGACUUGGAUGGACCAGAACCAUUCAAGAAACCAUAUUUGGCAAAACGAUAUGGAUAGCGAAGGAUUUAAAGUAACAACCGGUAAAGGCCGUCGUCUGAUUGUAUUCCAUGCUGGAGCAGCUAAAUUUGGAUUCAUAUGUGGCUCAAAAUUAAUUUUAAAAAAUUCUAAAAAUGACGGUGACUACCACUCACAGAUGAAUAGUCAAAUAUUUCAUGACUGGUUUCAAAAUAUGAUGCAACUAUUGGACGAACCAUGUGUCAUUGUUAUGGAUAAUGCACCAUAUCACAGUGUACUAGUGGAGAAUGUGCCGAAAUCAAAUACAAAAAAAUCCGAUGUUCAAGAGUGGUUAUCCGAAAAAGGCAUCGAUUUUUCUCUUACAGAAACCUUGGCGGAACUAAGAGAAAAAGUAAAAAUGGCAAAACCGCGUGAAAAACGAGACCAGUUGAACGAGUUGGCAUAUCAAAUGGGGCGUGAAGUGAUCAGACUUCCGCCUUAUCACUGCCAAUACAACCCGAUUGAACUAAUUUGGGCGCAGGUAAAAGGUAAAGUCGCAACCAAAAAUACAACAUUUAAAAUAGCCGACGUCGAAAAACUUAUGCACGAAGCCAUAGAUGCAGUUACCUCAGAGAAUUGGGAAAAAUGUGUAAGACACGCAGAACAACUACAAAAUAAAGAUUUUGAAAAAGAAGGAUUCAGAGAUUGCAUAUUGGAACCCAUCAAGUUAGAGAUAACCUGGGUGUAUACCGUAAGUGUCAAACUGUUAUGGAUAGUGGCUCGCAGAUGA